AUGCGCGGAGACGUCCUCUUUUUCGCUGCUGCUCGGUGGCUCCGGACCUCGCGUCCUCCUGAUCGCUCUCUCAUCAACUCUGCAAACAACAGAAGACGGUUCAUGGCUCUGGCCGCCGCGCCACCAUCUUUCGGGCUGCGGAGGGUGUUCCUGACGAUUAAUCAACAGGUCACUUCAGGUGGAACGUUCAUUGGCAUUGGACGGAAAACUCCAGAUUGCCAAGGCAACACCAAGUAUUUCCGCUGCAAAUUCUGCAAUUUCACUUACAUGGGCAACUUCACUGAACUAGAACAACAUUUUCUUCAGACUCACCCGAAUAAAAUCAAAGUGUCUCUCCAGUCCUCUGAGGGCGUGAAAGCUUCAGAGAAAAACUCUAACAAAUCCAUCCCCGUGCUUUCGAGCCAGUGACUCUGGGAUGUAGGAAAGUGGCAGGACAAAAUGACAGUCAAAGCUGGAGAUGACACCCCCGUCGGCUACUCAGUGCCCAUCAAGCCCCUCGAUUCCUCACGACAAAAUGGUACAGAGGCCACCAGUUAUUACUGGUGUAAAUUUUGUAGUUUCAGCUGUGAGUCAUCUAGCUCUCUUAAGCUGCUAGAACGAUAUGGCAAGCAGCAUGGAGCAGUGCAGUCGGGUGGCCUUAAUCCAGAGUUGAAUGACAAGCUUCCCAGGGGCUCUGUCAUUAAUCAGAAUGAUCUAGCCAAAGUUGUAGAAGGAGAGCCAUUGACCAAGCCAGAUAAGGCCUCUAGUGGAGCUAAAAGAAGGACUUCCCCAGCAAGGGAGCAGAGGAUAAAUAUGGUAACAAGCUAUAACUGUCAGUUCUGUGACUUUAGAUAUUCCAAAAGCCAUGGCCCUGAUGUGAGUGUGGGUCCACUUCUCCGUCAUUAUCAGCAACUCCAUAACAUCCACAAGUGUACCAUUAAGCACUGUCCAUUCUGUCCCCGAGGCCUUUGCAGCCCAGAAAGCACCUUGGGAGAAAUGUACUCAUAAAUAAAAAUCCGUUUGCUUUGUAGAAAGAGUAAUUGUUCCCACUGUGCCCUGUGGCUGUUGCACUUGUCUCCUGGGGUGGCCGGCAGUUCCAGAGUCCCACACCAAUGCCACAAGUGUUCCUUCUCUACCCCUGAUGUAGAAUGUGCUUCCUUUCACUAUGAGACCGUGCAUGAGUCCCAAGCAUCCGACGUCAAACAAGAAGCAAAUCACCUGCUAGGAUCGGACGGGCAAGCAGGGCGGUCAGGGAAAGCAAGGACACUCGUGUACCAAAUGUGAUUUAUAACCCAGGUGGAAGAAGAGAUCUCUAGACACUACAGGAGAGCACACAGCUGCUAUAAAUGUCGUCAGUGCAGUUUCACAGCUGCGGACACUCAGUCACUAUUGGAGCACUUCAACACAGUUCACUGCCAGGAACAAGAAGUCACUACGGCUAAUGGCGAAGAGGAUGGCCAUGCCAUACCCACCAUCAAAGAAGAGCCCAAAAUUGACCUCAAGGUCUACAGUCUGCUAAACCCAGACUCUAAAAUGGGAGAGACAGUUCCCGAGAGCAUAGUCAAAAGAGAGAAACUUGAUGACAAGGAAGGGCUGAAAGAUAAAAUCUGGACUGAGAGUUCAACUGAUGACCUUCGUGGUGUGGCUUGGAGAGGCUCGGACAUCCUACGGGGAAGUCCAUCCUACACUCAAGCAAGCCUAGGGCUCUUGACGCCUGUGUCCAGCUCUCAAGAGCAGACAAAGACUCUGAGGGACAGCCCCAAUGUUGAAGCUGCCCACCUGGCACGACCUAUGUAUGGCUUGGCAGUAGAUACCAAGAGCUUCCUGCAAGGGGCUCCUGCUGGCGGCGAGAAGUCGACAUCUCUCACCCAGCAGUAUCCUGCUUCUGGAGAGAGCAAGACCAAGGAUGAAUCCCAGUCGCUGUUACGGAGGCGAAGAGGCUCUGGUGUAUUUUGUGCCAAUUGCCUGACCACAAAGACCUCUCUCUGGCGAAAGAAUGCAAAUGGCGGAUAUGUAUGCAAUGCAUGUGGUCUCUACCAGAAACUUCACUCGACUCCCAGGCCUUUAAACAUCAUUAAACAAAACAAUGGCGAGCAGAUUAUUAGAAGACGGACAAGAAAGCGCCUUAACCCAGAGGCACUUCAGGCUGAGCAGCUCAACAAACAGCAGAGGGGAAGUGGGGAGGAGCAGGUCAAUGGAAGCCCCUUAGAGAGGAGGUCAGAAGAUCACUUAAGUGAAAGUCAUCAGAGAGAAAUUCCACUUCCGAGCCUGAGUAAAUACGAAGCCCAGGGUUCAUUGACUAAAAGCCAUUCUGCUCAGCAGCCAGUCCUGGUCAGCCAAACUCUGGAUAUUCACAAAAGGAUGCAGCCUUUGCACAUUCAGAUAAAAAGUCCUCAGGAAAGUAGUGGAGAUCCAGGAAAUAGUUCAUCCAUCUCUGAUGGGAAAGGAAGUUCUGAAAGAGGCAGUCCCAUAGAAAAGUACAUGAGACCUGCAAAGCACCCCAACUAUUCUCCACCAGGCAGCCCCAUCGAAAAGUACCAAUACCCGCUUUUUGGAGUUCCUUUUGUACAUAAUGACUUCCAGAGUGAAGCUGAUUGGCUACGGUUUUGGAGUAAAUAUAAGCUCUCCGUUCCUGGGAAUCCGCACUACUUGAGUCAUGUGCCUGGCUUACCAAAUCCUUGCCAAAACUAUGUGCCUUAUCCCACCUUCAAUCUGCCUCCUCAUUUCUCAGCUGUUGGAUCAGACAAUGACAUUCCUCUAGAUUUGGCGAUCAAGCAUUCCAGACCUGGGCCAACUGCAAAUGGUGCCUCCAAGGAGAAAACCAAGGCAGCACCAAAUGUCAAAAAUGAAGGUCCCUUGAAUGUAGUUAAGACGGAGAAAGUUGACAAAAGCACUCAAGAUGAACUUUCAACGAAAUGCGUGCACUGUGGCAUUGUUUUUCUGGAUGAAGUGAUGUAUGCUUUGCAUAUGAGUUGCCAUGGUGACAGUGGACCUUUCCAGUGCAGCAUAUGCCAGCAUCUUUGCACGGACAAAUAUGACUUCACAACACAUAUCCAGAGGGGCCUGCAUAGGAACAAUGCACAAGCAGAAAAAAAUGGAAAACCUAAAGAGUAAAACCUUAGCACUUAGCACAAUUAAAUAGAAAUAGGUUUUCUUGAUGGGAAUUCAAUAGCUUGUAAUGUCUUAUGAAGACCUAUUAAAAAAUAAUUCAUAGAGCCUGCCUUAUCCAACAUGAAAUUCCCUUUUUUAAAAUUUCUUUCUUUUGAUGAGUAGGUUACCAAGAUUUUAAAAUGAAACAUAUGGUCAGUGAGAAAUAAUGGAAUACAUAAUUUUUUUAAAAAGGAAAUCUAGAGUGAAAACUAUCUUACCUAACGUAUACUGCAGAAUCUCUAUAAAGAGGUCCACCAAAUUAUAGCUAUUUUGUUUGUAAAGAUACAAAUACUCUCUAGAAUUUGAAAGAGUUUACAUACUAUCAUAUGACAGCAGUGUUAGGCUGGCUAUUGGCCCAUACAUUCAGAAACCUGUAAUAGAUCGCCUACAUCUAAAAAUAUCAUGAAAUCCCAGCCAAAUGAAAAGAAAAUGAAUCUCCAGGGCAAACGGAAGAAAAAAAAAUGGCACCUCUGAAAUUAGUCUCCUCUCAUUGACCAUGUUUCAGGUUUAGACCUCAAAAUGUGAACUGUGGGUUAGGCUUGUUGAGCAAGCAGUAAGAAUGGUGACAGUUGGUGGCACAAUGUUUUUUGGCCAGCCCUGCCUGUACAUACACAUACACACCCUCUUUGAUAUUUUCGUCCUUUAGAUGUUCCAGUACUCGGUAGUCAUUUUGUUUGCGGUUUAGAUUCAUUUUGUUCAAAUAUAUCCAUUCUUAAGACAAUGUCCUCAGUGCUUAUGUAGUAAUAUUAUUUUAGCCAGAUAUUUCUUUCUUGUUGAUGAUAAACUGGUUUGGAAUUUUUUUUUUUUUAAAUCUCCUGUUGGUCACUAAUCUCUCUUGGCACAUUGCAACUAAAGCAAUCCGCUCAACUUCAAAAGACUAGAUAAAUAUAAAUGUCAGGCCACGGCUUUAAUUUGCUGAGAACACAUGGUAUUUCUCCACAAGGUAACCUGCUGUAUUUAUUUAUUUUCUUUUGGUUAAAUAUAAUUCCCAAACUUUGUGGUCAGGCAGCAUGCAAGGUUACGUUACCACAGACUGACAGUUGGUAUAUGUACCAAUCAAUCCCUUCAUUAGAUUUAUACAGGUUUAGUUGAGUAGCAUUAAGUAGGCUUCUUAGAAGUAUGUCUUCAUAGUACUUUUAAUACUUAAGGCUUUGUAAAAAAAAAAAAAAAAAAAAAAAAAAAAAAAAACUAUCCAUGAAGGGAGAGCUCCUCAGCAUAACUGCUCAGGGAAAUAGGGCUAAAUAAUUGAACAUUAAAUAAUUGGUUUAAGGUGCUGUUAGUCGAGCCUCAAUGCUUGCUACAAGGAUGUAUGUACAAGGACUGACUUUAAUAAUUUGCAUUAUAUUGUCCCAACCAGUAGUUUAUUUUUUGCCACAGAGAUGUAGAAGAUAUUACAAGCUACUGGAUGCACUGUCAGAUUAACUUAUUUCAUUAAAGAAGUUGGGAGAACAAAUAGGAAAAAAAAACUUAUUUUUCUAGUAAAUAUUAAUGUAUUACAUUUCAAAUAAUGGUGCCUGACAUAUUGAAUAAUUAUUUUCUACAGUGUACGUAUGCAACAAAGAUAUUCCAUCAUGCAUUAGAGUCAGUUCUGGCUCUGCCUAGCUGUUUACAUUUGCAAAUGUAGCAAACAAGGUAAUGAAGCAACUAUUUCUAUUGCAGUAGGUAUCUCUAGUGUGUAUGUGUGUGCGUGUGUGUAUGUGUGCAUUAAAGUUGUAAACGGUAACAUGAAACAAAGGAAGUUCUCAAUGUAAUGGUGUGGAAAACAAGAAGGAAAUGAAAAUAUUUUUAUGCCUACUUAGGAUACAAGGGUAGCACUAUUCAUUCCAAGUACUUUUUUUUUUUUUUUUAAUUUUAAGCUCUUAACUCCCAUUGUUAUGCUUAAGAUGAUAAACAUAUAUCCUCUUUUUAUUGCUUUGUCUAUGUUUCAGAUGAAACAUUUCAGAAGUUAUUUUGAUAAGUGUUGCUGGAAUCUGCAGCACGGAUGUUUUUAUUGCAUUCUGUAGUGGCAUUUGCACUCCAGUUUUACAUUCAUUCGCAGUUGCUUUUGUAUUGUUUUGUUGGGUUGGGUUUGGCUUCUUUCUCACGAUGCGGGAGUCUCAUUUCUUAGAGUUGGAUGGCAGGUAGAGUUAACCAGUCUGUGACUGUUACAGCGAAUGAAGUUUAAAAACUAUCUUCCUGAUGCUAUGUUGUCCUCAUCUUCAUUCUCUCAUUUUUUGUUUAUUUUUCAUGUUUAAAA